UUACCAUGUAAAAAUAGUAUAAUUUUCCGACGAAGGAUGUUCGGAUAAACCCCUGGACCCUAUGUAAAUCCGUCACUGGCUGUUCCGAUAGACUCUCAGCUCAAGAUAAAGGAUAAUAAAUAAGGGGAUAGAUGACAUAACCGAAAUUAAAAAUAGGAUCCAUUCUUCUGAAUAUAAUUUUAAUAUAAUCUUAUUAAGCUAUCAAUUUAACCAAUAACUAAAACAUUAAAAUCGAAAAUCGAAUUAAUAUUCCAAUUAAAUUUCUUUAAAACUAUUUAAAAAUCGUUAACUCAAUAACCCUGUAUCAAUAAAUCUAUAACAAUUUUUUCAAUUUGAUUUAUCGGUCAAUUCAAUUUUUAGACGGGCGUCGUCCAUCACCUAACCUUCUUUCUCCUUUUUGUACUUUUUCCCAAAACUCUUAAACCCUACCACACACUCUGCUAAAACCUCCGCCGUAAACCUCCCAUCGCCGUCGUAAACCUCCGUCACCCCACCAUGAACUCCACUUUAACUAUCAAUUCAUCAUCAUCCUUUCCGUCCAUUCUCACAGUCCCAACAACAACAACAACAAGUCCUCGUAAAGCCAUCGUGGUUCCAUCUUGCGUAACGAAAAAUGAUAAGUCAAACCCAUUCGUAUCUACCCUCAAGUACACGGGACUCACAGCCAUCAUUUUCUCAGCCACCAUUGCCUUAAAGAAACUCCCAGCACGAGCUGAAACCCCACAAAUUGUUCUAACAGAACAACAACAACAAAAAAAAAAUCAAGAAAACCCAUUAACACAGUUCUUGGAAUCGAAUGCUGAAGCAAUCGACGCGUUAAAGAAUCUCCUCAAGGAGAAGUUAGAAUCAGGGGAAGACGAAGAAAGCUUGAGUAUUCUAAAGAAGUUGUUAUUAGCACAACCUGACAAUCAAGAAUGGAAGUUCUUGGUUGCGAGGUUAUUGAAUGAAAUGGGUAGGAUUCAAGAAUCGAGGGAAGUAUUCGAGGAGAUAUUGUUGGAUAGUCCUUUAUCAUUCGAGGCAUUGUUUGAGAACGCGUUGUUAAUGGAUAGGUGUGGUGAGGGAGCGAAUGUGAUUAAGCGUUUAGAGGAAGCGUUGAAGCUUGCUGAUGACGAAGGGAAAUUGAAGGAAUGUAGGGAUAUUCGGUUUAUAAUAGCACAAGUACAGUUCUUGCAGAAGAAUAUUGACGAAGCGUUGAGGAGUUACGACGAACUUGAGAAAGAGGAUCCGAAAGAUUUUAGGUCUUAUUUUUGUAAAGGAAUGAUAUAUAGUUUGCUUGAUAGGAAUAAGGAAGCUACAGAGCAAUUCGCGAAGUAUAAGGAGCUUUCGCCUAGGAAAUUCGAAGUGGAAGGUUAUUUGAGGACGGCUUUGUCAAGGAUGAAGCUCUUUGGAACUGAUGAAAAAGAGAGUUGAAUUCGAUGAAAUGGAGCUUUAAGGUUUAAGCAGCAAAUCAAAUUUUCGAGGAAGGUGGAAGCUUUAACUUUGGUAUACUUUACGCAUUCUUAAAUUAUGUCGAAUAUAGGAUGAUAGAUUAGAAAAUGCAAUAAAUGAUUGUUAUAGUCUAGUUACAUACUAGACGGAUUCUUAUGGAUCAAUUUAGAUUACUUGUUUUCUCA